AGCGGACGUCUGGCUUCGCGGGUUCCACCGGCGGCGGCGGCGGCAGCGCGGCAGUGGAACGUAGCACAUACAGACCAGGCCUGUAACUACUCCCUGGGGACCUGCGUGUCAGCAGCCCGGAGCCCAGAGCCUGUCGUGGAGCCUGCACAAUCAAUCCUGACUGAAGCGGAGGGACGAAGUGCAAUCCACCCAGGGCGCAGCUGAGUUUUGAGAGGCAUUAAUUCCUUGGCGUCCACCAAGGGACCACUGGGACUAAUUCUCAUGGCAAACUUGUGGCCAGCCCAAAGUACCAAGCUUCACAUUCCGGUUGUGCUUGGUUAUCGCCCAAGAUUGGCUUCCACAAGAGAUGAAAUGUGGUCUGAGGGACGCUAUGACUACGAACGACUCCCGAGAGAACGAGUGCCACCCCGGAGCCAUGCCAGUGAUGGCUACCAUAGAGUAGUUAAUGUUGUGCCAAAGAGACCACCUCUGCUAGACAAGAGACCACCUCUGCUAGACAAGAGACCGCCUCUGCUAGCCAGCCCUGAUGAAGGAGGCUACAGUAGAUAUUACAGUCAUGUUGAUUGCCGAGUGUGUGACGAGGGCCGCAGUUUUUCUCAUGAUCGAAGAAGCGGCCCGUCUCACAGAGGAGAUGAAUCUGGCUACAGAUGGGCAAGAGAUGAUCAUUCUACAAGCCGGCAGCCUGACUACAGGGACAUGAGAGACAGCUUUAGAAGAAAAAGUUUCUACUCUUCCCAUUAUUCACGAGAUCGGUCUCCCCAUAAAAGGGAUGCUCCUUUCUUCAGAGAGUCACCUGUAGGCCGGAAGGACUCCCCACACAGCAGGUCCGGCUCCAGCGUCAGCAGUAGGAGCUAUUCUCCGGAGCGAAGCAGGACACACUCCUUCCAUCCGUCUCAGCAUAGAAAGUCCUCGCGUGUCGGUGCUUCCUACAAACGACAGAAUGAAGCAAUUCGAGGAAGAGGUAAAGAGAGAUCCAUCCAGUCUUUGAAAACAUCAAGAGAUACAUCACCCUCAAGUUCGUCAGCAGUUUCUUCAUCCAAGACGUUAGACAAACCCGUCAGGCUGACUGAGAAGGAGCUUGCUGAGGCUGAAAGCAAGUGGGCCAAUGAGACACUAGAGAAGUCAGAAGACAACAACUUGGCUGAAAUUCCUGACUUCGAGGCGGGAUCCACGGCUCCUUUAUUUAUUGACCAGACAGAGGAACCCGAGUCCAACACUACAGAUGGCACAGAGAUGUAUGAAGACAGCCAGAUUAGCAGCCGCUCGAGAGCCAUCGCCUUAAAGACCAAAGAGAUUGAGCAGGUUUACCGACAAGACUGCGAGACAUUUGGGAUGGUGGUGAAAAUGCUGAUUGAAAAAGAUCCCUCGCUAGAAAAGUCUAUCCAGUUUGCACUGAGGCAGAAUCUACACGAAAUCGGUGAGCGCUGUGUGGAGGAGCUCAAGCACUUCAUCACUGAGUAUGAUAAUGCUACUCAAGACUUUGGAGACCCUUUUUAGAAGAAGUAGUAGCCAGCUUAAAAAAGUUUUUUUUUAGAUUUUUUUUUCUCCUUGGAUUGUGUUAAUCCUUACUAUUUUGUGAUGAAGAGAAAUACUUUAUGAUAGCCGAGCACAUUUCUAGUAUUAAAUAAACAUCUACAAUACUCUUUAAAGUAUCUUAAUUAGAAUGUUUCCCCUAUGUGUAGAAUAUUCUACUCUUCAUACACUUCCUCCCUCCAAAAAUAAUAUCCAGUUAUUUUAAUGUUCAAAAAAAGCAGUUCUGGAGAGCAGCUUUCUGUAUUUAACUCAUGUUCCAUAGUCUUCCAUGAUGUUCUAGGAUCAUCUUGCGUACCUUGUGUAAAGGUUGUCUUUGUAUUCAGAUGUUGAUUUCUUAACCCGCACAGAUUGCAGAGUACUGUUGACUUUGGUACUGUUCUUCUGAUUGAUCAGCACCUUCAUCAGAGAUUAUAAACAUUCUUCCCCAUCCCCUCUGAUAGGUUUAAUGAAGCCCUGGUGGCCUCAAGGUCGGGAGAGGAAAGGUGGGACUUCAGGGCAGAGAUAGCAACUGUGGGAAGAAUUUGUGCAGGGAAUUUGCCACCCAGACACAAAGGAAGUCUGACUUUCAGGAACUGAAUGAGAGGUAACAGGCCCUGAGACAAAUGUGGAUCAAAAUAAAUGGGUUGAUUAAGUACUAGGAGCUAGUUGGGAAGAUGCCUAAGCUAUAAGACCUGGACACUCAUAAAUAAUAAAACGUCUCUGUGUCCCUUUUGGGAGCUGGUAAUUUGUAGUUAAGAUCAUUUAUUCCAGGUUGCAUACAAUGAUGGCACUGUUAGCAUUUUGAGUUGGUGAUGGCAAAAUAUGUUGUCUUAAGGAAUGAGAACUUUGCUAUCAUAUGAUAUUUGCAUUGAGAAUAAUUCUUAUUCGGUAUAGAAAAAAUGCACUUGAAAAUCUGUAAGGAAGCCGGGUGGUGGUGGCACACACCUGUAAUCCCAGCACUUGGGAGGCAGAGGCAGGCGGAUUUCUGAGUUCGAGGCCAGCCUGGUCUACAGAGUGAGUUCCAGGACAGCCAGGGCUAUACAGAGAAACCCUGUCUCAAAAAAACCAAAUCCAAAAAACAAAAAACAAAAAAAAGAAAAAAGAAAAAGAAAAUCUGUAAGGAUCUGUUAGAACAAUAUUUUCCUCCGAAGUCACUGAACUUAGCUCAUCUCUUCUACCAAGUGCCCUUGAGGUUCCCAACUGCUCUCUCUAGACAAUAGUGUAGACUAGCAAGAGGGGUACUCUGAGAUGCAGGGUGACUUAAGUUGAGGUGUCUCACUAACCCUUCUUAUGGGUGUAAUAAAAAUAUUAGAAUAUACAGAGCACUUAAGUUUUGUUUUAGGCCCGCAUUAUAUCAAAAAAGGGACUUGACAAGGCACUCAAGCUUGGCAUUAAGUUACAGGUCACAGUUGCUCUCUGUGACCUCAGUUCUGUGGCUUAGAGGGUCUCAUUCUUCAUAGCGCCCAGCACGCCGUGAGUGAGCCAGUGAAUGAGUGAAGACACAGUUAUGAUCUCUGCUGCUUCAUGGGCCCUGGCUCAUUGAGACAAGAUACUAAAUUUGUGGCCUUAGGCACCUUACAAUCACUGUUUUAAUUGCUGCCCAAUCAAAUUAUCUACUUUUUUUUUUUUUAAGUCAGGGUCUUGCUAGCCUGAAAAUCUGUGUAGAUCAGGCUAACCUUAAACUCAUAGAAAUCUUCCCACCUCUGCCUCUCGCAUGUUGGCGUUAAGCCAUUCGCCACCAUGCACAGGAUCCUUUUGUUUGUUUUCAUUUUCAUUCCCUUCUGUCCUUUUUACUUUUUUAUUCGAGACGAGUUCGUGCUGUGUAUCCUAGGCUGGCUUCAAACUCUCAUGCCCCAGCCUUUAACUUUUGGGGUUCCUGCCUCAGCCUUCCUGAGUUACAGGUGUGAGCCCCAGUGCUUACCAUUAUGUUCAGUGGCCUCCAAGCUCCUGUCUGCAGAGAUACUCCUACAUCGCACACAGAUUAUAUAUAAAGUAGAAAUAGCAGUAUGCUUAAUUUUAAGAAGCCCUGAAAUGGAUGUGUGAAGAUACAUAUUAAGCCAUUUUGACAAUUUAGAAUUACUUGAGGACAUUUGUUUUUUUCUUAAGUUCCUUAAGUAAGAACACUUGGAGUUACUUUUGGCAUUGAGAUUCUAUACAUACCUUUUAUAAGCAUGUUCCUAUUCAGUGCAUGUGGUGGUCUAUACCGGCACUUCAGUAAGACCACAUGCUAUUUCUCCUUUUUCCCUUUCACUAAUUCUUUAAAUCAAGUUGUUGACAAGCAUAACUUUAAAAUGUGAGAAGCUACCAAGUUGGCAAAUAAAUCAUUCACUUGGUAGAAAUUUAUUUUUAAAAAAGAGAGAAUCUUACUAAUAAGUUAUUUACGUGAAGGUCCACCCAGUAAUCCUCUUCCCUCAAGUCGCACGGCCUUGAAGCUGUUCGCAGCUCGCUGUCAGCAUUGUUCUGCCAGACUCAACAGUGUUAAUUGUUUUGUUUAUCUUUGUUUUUAAAAUUGCCUUUUAACAUCUAGAAUUCUUGUGUAGCAGAAUAUGUAUUUUAUAAAAUGUCUUUGAUUCUAUCAAGACUUGUUUGUAAAUUAUCCAUUGUUUUUCAGUAUACCUAAUUCAUGUGAUAAGUUUUCAUUGUCUCACCGUAAGGCCUUGAUGAUCAAUAUGGGGGAAGCACAUACUGUAAAAUGCAAAAUAAAUCCUAAGUAACGAA